AUGGCACAAAAAUUACGUUUAGCAGUUUCCCAAUCUCACACACUCUCCACAACAUCUGCCAGUCUUGCUGCCCUCUCUGAAAUAGCAGAACAAGCUGCGACAAAAUCAAUUGAUUUGAUCCUAUUUCCAGAAGCAUAUUUAGGCGGUUACCCUCGCACGGCAACAUUUGGCGCAGUAGUCGGAGCUCGAGAUUCAAAAGGUCGUGAACAGUUCCUGCACUAUUACAAAGAUGCAGUCGAUUUAGGAGAUACACCAGAAGGCGCAGGAAGGAAAUGGGUGAACAAAGAACUCGAGGAUAGAGAUGAUGGAAAACGCGGAGAUGGCACAAGAGAGGAACUGGAAAGAAUCGCAAGAGAUACUGAUGUAUUCAUUGUGACAGGAGUAGUUGAGAGAUGUGGUGGAAGUUUAUAUUGUGGUGUUGUGUAUGUUUGUCCAAAGUUUGGAAUGAUUGGAAAAAGGAGAAAGGUCAUGCCGACUGGCAUCGAAAGGCUCAUAUGGGGUCAAGGACAGCCUUCAUCAUUGAGAGCGGUUACAACCACGAUCAGAGGGGUGAGACUUACGCUUGCGGCUGCGAUAUGCUGGGAAAACUACAUGCCUUUGUUACGACAAUCCCUUUAUAGCCAAAAUGUCAAUUUAUAUUUAGCCCCCACAGCAGAUGCAAAGGAUACCUGGCUACCAUUGAUGCGAACAAUUGCAUGCGAGGGUAGAUGCGUGGUAUUAAGUGCGAAUCAAUGUAUGAAGAGAUCGAAUCUUCCAAACUGGAUUACUGGAAACUAUAAAGAUGACGGCGCUAUUGAAGAUGGCCAUGCGGAUGGUUAUAGGCAUGCUCAAUCUAAAUCAAGGAGGAAAUCCAUUCUAACGGAUGAUGGAUGUGAGAUUGCGCUCCCACAGAGGGUAGAAGGAAUACCAGAAAUCACAGAAACCCACAAAAAGGAUACAUCUGAUUUCGUAUGUAGAGGUGGUUCCUGUGUCAUUUCGCCUUUGGGUGAUGUUCUUGCGGGUCCGAUAUGGGAUGAUGAUAAUGGCUUACUCUCUGUUGACGUUGAUUUUGAGGAUUGCUUGAGGGGCAGAUUGAAUCUGGAAGUUGGUGGAAUUGAAGGAUUGGAUCUGAGCCCUCCACCUUGA